UAGGCGACGUGACGGAGGGCUCCUUCAACGAGAGAGCGAGUUUCAAGUCCGGGCUAACGCAAGUACGCACGCUCAAUCGAGACGGUCGAAGUGGUCGAACAGGGACAAGCGACCGCUGUCGUGUCGUAUCGUAUCGUGUCGUAUCGUAUCGUAUCGUGUCGUUGUCGUCGUCGUUAUUAUUGUCGUUGUGCAGCCGUACUUGGGGUGGGACCGAAUUAGUGCGUCCCCAUAACGGUAUUGCGAAUUGAAAACAAGGCGACCUUCGCGAAUAAAGGACGAGGCAGGACAGGAACAACGGACUCUCGCGUUCUCUCACUCUAGCUGCAUCUCUUUCUUUCUCCUUUCUCCCCCUCCUGCUCUCGGCUCGGUUGUCGGGAGACAUCCCGACGUCGCACGCACAGAUCCGGACCCCUCGUAAGAAAUAACCCUCGGCUCAUCGUGUGUGCGUGCGUGCGUGCGUGAGUGCGUCCGUGUGCGAGAAGGCAGCGCGCGCGCGCGCGCGCUGUGUAUUGUACAUACGCCGAAUGUUCUCGGGUGCUGCUACACUUACGCGUAUGCUCGCGCGGGUACAGAUCCGCGAGUGGGUGCCGUGAUUUCACUUCGAGAGUUCGGAGCCCGUUACGGGAAAGACGCGCGGAGGAGGAAAGGCGAUCACCGUCAUCGGUGGUGCGCAUAAAUACGUGCACCAACCCACACAUACGCGCGCACGCGUACGUACAGAGAGACAGCAAGAAAGAAAGAGAGAGAGAGAGAGAGAGGAAGAGAGCGAGCGAGCGCCUCUCGCGUGAUCCAUCAUCGUCAUCGCAUCCGAGAAUCAGCGGCGAGCCCAUUCGUGAGGGAUGUCCACCCCUGCGAGGAGGAGACUGAUGAGAGACUUCAAGAGAUUACAGGAAGAUCCUCCAACUGGAGUGUCUGGUGCUCCGACAGACAAUAAUAUUAUGAUAUGGAAUGCAGUUAUAUUUGGACCACACGAUACUCCAUUUGAGGAUGGCACUUUUAAACUUACAAUAGAGUUCACAGAAGAAUAUCCAAAUAAACCACCGACAGUCAGAUUUGUUAGUAAGAUGUUCCAUCCUAACGUGUACGCGGACGGUGGAAUUUGUCUUGACAUACUUCAAAACCGCUGGAGCCCCACUUAUGAUGUCUCAGCCAUUUUAACAUCUAUACAGUCGCUUUUGGAUGAACCGAAUCCUAACUCGCCAGCCAAUUCUUUAGCAGCGCAAUUGUAUCAAGAGAACAAGCGAGAGUACGAAAAGAGAGUGGCUACUGUAGUUGAACAAUCGUGGCUGAAUUUCCAAGAGACUCACACGGAGGAUCCCCGCUGACAUUAAGCAUUUACUCACUUUUUACAAUAUGUACGAGACCUACUGCAGGUUCUUUGAUAUAAAACAAAUUGUCUCAGUAUCAUAUGUGUAACAAUAAUAAUAACAUUUAAUAAUAAUCUUCAUUGAAUCAUGGCACCAAAGCUGUAUGUGCGAUAUUUUUUUAUAUUUCGUGCCGAACAUUCCGCAUAUUGAAUCGUAAGUCGUCGUAUAGAAUUUAACAAGAGAAUAUCUAGCGUUACGCGUACAACACUCACUCUGUUGCAUCAAAUAAAAAGGGAAACGUAGAAAACUGUGAAAUAGCGUGAAAAUGCGUCAUUAAAAUACAUGCUUAUAAUUGUUAGUUGAAACUUCUCUCAAGAUCACGUGAGAUAUUUCAGUAUGGGGCUUGUAUGUUUUGAGAAUCGGACGGUUCAAUAGUUUCAUUACAGAUCAACUGAAUUUAUGCUUGGCUGAAAAAACAUAGCGAUUACUCACAGAAAAUCUGGCAUUCGGAUUAUUGUUAUUAAUUAAAACAGCAUUCUUCACUUGUUCAAAAUUGAAAAGUAUGUUUAAAAGAGAAAAUUCAUUAUAAUUAGAAACUGUAUAUGAAUUAAAGUUAUGGAUCAAAUUUUUAUUAGUGUUUUUGAAAAUUAUAAUAAUAGAAUUUUGAAAAUGUAUAAAUAUAGAUAGAUAUGUUUGAAAUACAUCAGUAUCCUGGAAUAUAAAUAUACAAGUGUGUAAAAAUUGCGCAUCGGCAAAAGAUUCAAUAAAUUGUGAACAAUA